GAUACUUUUUGAUGGUGAGGCCAGCAAGUCACAAAUAGCAAAGGUAGCGGAAGACAGUGACAUUUCAAUUUUAUAUAAAAGCAAUAAACAAUUAACCGUUAUUGCUCUAAUUAAUUAGUGCAAAACGAGUAUACAUUACCAACAAACAUUUAAUGUGAUGUUCGUGUUAUCAGCGAAAAUUGAAUAUUUGUGUACCGUCGGCAGUUGCGAAUAACGGAGGAGGAUACCGAUAUAAAAAAACAACAACACUUACUGAUUAGAUUUUUGCAUUUAAAUGCGUUUUGUGAUAAUUUUGUGAAACUUGUUCAAAUAACGCCUAACAAGGAAAACAAAUUUUAAAUAUUACACUUGCAACGCUGAGACAACAGCAAUUUGCAAAAGUCAACAACAACAAGCAGCAUGCAAUAAGGAUAUCGCAAAACCAAUUUCUGCCGGGUCUCAUAUAAGAUUUCAAAAUGACAUACACUCGCAAUAAUCACAGCGCAACGCGUAUAUUAUUAUUACAAAAACUAAUUUUUCAUAAAAACGGUAAAGAACAACAACAACAACAGCAGCAAGAUGUCUGAAAUAAUUGCAGAGAAACCGUCAACUUACAAGACAACUAUCAAUACGAACGCCGCCCACCGUGCAUUAUAUAACGUGGAUCGGCGUGGAUAUUUCGAUUGCUGUGGGUGGACAUCGAGUAGAAACAGUUACGACGUAACGGAUAAUAAAACGAAUGAAUUCUUCAUACAUCAAUGGAAGUGCGAACAAUUUACUAUGGAUGAGAAAUAUCAACGAGAAGAUGAACGCUUGAAAUCAUUCGAAAAUUGGCCGCUUGAAUGGCUGAAUAAGAAGGAGCUGGCGCAAACGGGCCUAGUCUAUACGGGCGAAGAUGAUAAAGUCAAAUGCUAUUUUUGUGAAGUCGAGAUCGGUCGUUGGGAACGUGAUGAUCAACCGAUCAAUGAGCAUUUACGUUUCUCACCCAAUUGUCCGUUGCUGCGACGACGCACCACCAACAAUGUACCAAUUAGCAAUGAUACGCUGACUUGUGUCUUACCGCCCGUUAGUUAUGAUGUGUGCGGCAAUGAAGGACACGAAUUUGGCGCAAACGAUGUGCUGGCAGAUAUUGCAGAACCACAAGCUGCGCUAGCGGUAAACACAACAACAUACCAAUAUGACAGCAUAGCCGCCGAUAAUUUGCCCAACAAUGUGAAUAGCAAUAACAUCAGCAGCAGUAGCAACAGUAGAUGCGGCAAUGAAACACAAUUGUACCGACCCGAAUAUCCCGAGUAUGCCAUCGAAGCGGCACGCUUACGUUCGUUUGCCGAAUGGCCACGCAACAUGAAGCAACGUCCCAAGGAAUUAGCCGAUGCCGGUUUCUUCUAUACCGGCACCGGUGAUCGCGUCAAGUGCUUUAGCUGCGGCUGUGGCCUUAAGGAUUGGGAUGAUGAUGACGAGCCAUGGGAACAGCAUGCGCUCUGGAUGCCGAAAUGUCGUUAUCUGAAUUUAUUGAAGGGACACAAUUAUAUCGAAAAUAUUGCCGCCAAAUAUAAGACGAAUAAUAGUAAAUGUGCGGAUACAGUGUCAGCGGAAAGUGAUCUAUAUCGUCCGACAUCCGACACAGUCGUCGUACAGCCAGUUGUGGCAGCAGCGACCUUGUCGCCGUCAUGCAAGCCCAAGGAGGCGACAAACGAUGUGAUGAAGAGCACAGCGGCGGCAACCAUUGCCGAGGAGAAGCUUUGUAAGAUAUGCUAUGCCGAUGAGUAUAAUACGGCGUUUUUACCCUGUGGCCAUGUGGUGGCUUGCGCCAAGUGCGCGUCUUCGGUGUCGAAGUGUCCGGUUUGCCGGAAACCCUUUACAAAUGUGAUGCGUGUAUUUUUUCCUUGAUCAUCUAUAUAAACUAUUUAUUAAUGUUUAGACUCACCCGCGUUGUAAAUACUAAAGAUAUGCGGUAAAUCGGCCAGUUGUGGAUAAUGACUGUGUUGCUGCAACUGGCCGAUAAAGAAUAAUAUAUUUAUAUAAUUAAUUACUUAUUCUUAAUUAUAUGCAUAAAAUAAAAAAAAUCAACAUAACAUAAAAAA